UGCAAUUGCUUUUUAUUUUAAAUGAAGAUUAUUUUAUUUGGUUUCUUAUAAACUUUGCGUUGGUUAAUAUUGCAAAGAGAUUCUAUAAUAUGAGAUUUUUCGAGGAUACGUACGAUCGACUAUAUAAGGAUGCGCGGUGUACGAGGAAGUCAGUUAGUCAGGAAAAAUGUAUUCAGUUCAAGCAGUUCUCGUAUUUCUCGUAUUGAGCAUCUGCUCUAACGCACAAAUUAUGUAUAGUGAAGCAGAUGAAAAACUUUUGAAGACAAUCAGGAUUAAUUGUGCUGCUGCCGAGAAGAUCGAUCCAUCGUUCAUUUCGAAAGUAGAUUCUGCGAAUUUCCCCACAUACGAUGAAGUCAAAUGCUACCCGUAUUGUAUCUACAGCACAUUCGGCAUCAUGACUAAAGCCGGUGAAUUCGAUCUGGACUUCUUGAAGGCCCAUAUCCCUGUAGAACAGCAUCAGCUUGCCUUACCCAUAGUAAAUGAGUGCAUCAAAACCAAUGCAACAGAGAGUUGUCAACGUGGUUACGAAACAUACAAAUGUUACUCAGCGGAUGUUUAUGCUUAAGACUACAACAUUCUUUAACAAAAUUACAAUAAUUAUUUAUUGAUUCAUAAAUGUGAUUAAUUCAGUACGUUAUA